CAAAGGCCAUUAUUAUGGUAUCUCCACUUUGAGAAUUCCCCUCAAUUUUGCUUAUUCUUUACCCCUUCUCUCCCUUCGCCUUUUCUUGUUCCUCAGCUCUGUGGGACUAACCACAGCUUUCCCUUCAUCAUUCUCUGUUGACUUAUAAACUUUUUCUUUUGUGACCUCUUUCUUCCCUUGCAAGAACUAGCAGCUUCAUCGUCAUCUCUAACACCAUCAAAUUAAGCUUCAAUGGGAAAAUGUCGUCCUUGCCCAUCCCUGAAGUCUUUGUCCAGCACAAUAGGAGGCAUGCUUUGUCAUUGUGGUUCACCAAAUAAGUACAAGAAGCUGGAUUCAAAGCUUGAAAGGAAAAUGAUUGAAAUGAAGAGAAGUGCAUCAGGACAAUCAAAUUUCAAAUCAAUUGACAGCAUAAUUGUGAGGUUCCCUCAGUUCAGGGACGGAUUGAAAAACCUCAGAGGUGUAUUUGAGCAGUAUGAUGAAGACUCUAAUGGAACUAUUGAUCGUGAGGAGCUGAACAAAUGUUUGGAAAAACUGCAAUUUCACCUGACAAAAGAGGAGGUUGAGGAUUUGUUUCAUUCCUGUGACAUUGAUGGGAGUGAAGGGAUACAAUUUAAUGAGUUUAUUGUUCUCCUAUGUCUCAUCUAUCUCCUAAUGAAACCUUCCCCAUCUCCUGAUACUGUAUCCACAACAUUGAAGAUAGAUUCACCACAGCUUGAGGCCACUUUCGAUACUAUUGUUGAAGCAUUCUUGUUUCUUGAUAAGAAUGGUGAUGGAAAAUUGAACAAGAAAGACAUGAUCAAGGCACUAAAUGAGGCUUCGCCUUGGGAAAGAUCCCCUGCGCAUGUCACCAGGACUAGAUUCAAAGAAAUGGACUGGGAUAAGAAUGGAAAGGUCAGCUUCAGAGAGUUCCUCUUUGCUUUUAUCAACUGGGUUGGGAUCGAAAGUGAUGAAGAGCUACCUGACUGAGGAAGCUAACUGCACUUGAAGGAGCUACACAAUAAUCUGGAAUGAGGUCAGAUUAAGAUUUGUUCAUAUACCUAGGGCAUCCAAGUAUUUAGUCAAACUGUGGUGCUGUAUCAGUUCAUAUGUCAUUACUGUUUUCUUUCAAAUGAAACAAAUAUUAGAUAUUCUAUUAAAACAUCAAAAUUAGUACUGAAUACUUUUAUUUCUGUC